AUGCUACUUGACCGCAACUUAAACCUUGUGGGAAUUGGCGAAAAGUGUUUUCGUGUUGCUGCAAGCAAUCGAGAUCCAGAGAUGGCCAACAACGCCAUGUCGGAUGUGCAAUGGGAAGUGUCGUACGCUCGCCAAGGAGCCCUCGAUUUGACUGCCACACCAGGAGCUGCUGUUUUCUGGCCAGUCCUAUUUACUCGUGACAUUCUUGCAUUGGAAUACACGCGACGAGAACAACCUCAAGAUAAAAUGUUCUCGGUAGUAUGGAUGGCGUUAACUCCACGCAAAGGCAUUUGCAUGAAAUUGCUAGCAACCCAAACUGGUCAUCUCAAGACACUUCAGGAUUGUAACAUGAUAAAAUCUGGCAAACCCAAAGCUUCAAAGGCAACACGAAAGAUGCGCAAGCCACAUUUUCCCGGUCAGCAACUCAACAAAAUCGCUGUGGACAUAACAAAUUAA